GUUACUUUUUUGUUUAAAAAUGAAUAGGACAAUUAAAAAGUGUGUCGUGCAAUUUUAUAUAAUUCAAAUGUACUCAAGCUAAUAUAUUUAUAAAUAUCCUUAUGGAUCUGUAGAAUUGAGUACGAAUGAUCUUUUUUUCAAUCAAGGUGCGACGAUCUUUUCAACCAAUCACAUAUCAAUAAAAUCGCAUGUUCGUGGCUUGAUUGUUUUUAUUGACAACAAAAAUGCCUGCAAAAAAGAAAGGAAAGAAAAAAGGGAAAGGGGGCAAGAAAAAGAAGAAGGAUGAUGCCACCCUUGAGUUGGAAGACAAGUACCAAAGGACUGUCAAUGAAAUUGAAGCACUUAAAGAUCAUCUUGCAAUUAGGAAGGAGUUGUCAAGGAAAGCUCAUGGCAAUGAAGAUGAGAUGAAGAACCGGAUGAAGGAGACAGAAAAAGUAUUAGAAGAGCACAAGAGCGAUCAGAAAGCCAUCAAUGCAGAUAUGACACGUCAGUACAAGACUAUGCAGACUGAAAUGGGGUUACGGAUACACAAACUGGAAACAGAUCUGCUACGCACAAGACAACAGCUUGCAACAACAGAAGCUGAUUUAAAGAAAACAAAAGAGGAGAAAGAAAGAAUAACAAAAGAGAAGGAUGAAGAAAUAGACAGCUUAAACAUGAAAAUUGUUGGAAUGGAGAAAGAUUAUGAAAGGAUACUCGAUGAGACACUUGACAGUUUAAUUGCUAAGAUAGACGCUGCCAAGGAUAAAUGGGAAGAGAAGGCAACUCUUGUACAAGUUAAUAACAAACAUGUAUUAGUGGAAUUCGGCCUCAAUCCCCUAGAAUUGUAAAAAGAAAAACACAGCUAUGGAAGGGACUAUUUUUGGACAAAUAUAGCUUGUGCUAUAGGAAACUAUACCAAAGUUACUAUUCUUGUUUAAUCAGUUUCACAUAUGAGCCGCGCCAUGACAAAAACAACAUAGUGUGUUUGCGACCAGCAUGGAUCCAUACCAACAUGCGCAUCCGCGCAGUCUGAUCAGGAUCCAUGCCAUUCGCUUACAAACGCUAUAACAAGUAGAUAAACUGAUAGCGAACAGCAUGGAACCUGAUCAGACUGCGCUGAUGCACAGGCUGGUCUUGAUCCAUGCUGGUCGCGAACCCAUUAUGUUGGUUUUGUCAUGGCGCGGCUCAUAUAUUGUACUGCCAGCAGAGAAAUUAAGGAAAAAAAGUUUUCUCAUGGAAGUUACAUACAACCUUGUUACACAAUAGAUACAAAGAAAAAAAGUAGCAUACAUUUAUUGUGAUACUAAGAAAGAGGCAAAAGUAACAACAGUUAGUUAAAUAAAAAAAGAACACAAAGGAGUUUAGUUUUUGGCAAUUUUUUAUAGUACAUGUAGUCGUUUCAGCAUUUUCCUUUUUGUGAAGAAGUUUUGUAAGCAUUUAUAGAUAAUGUGAUAUGAAAAACGAAAAAUAGUUUUAUCUUUGAAGGCAUUUAAUAUACUAUGUGAUAAACUUUGUGAUAUAGUUUAUAUAAUGUUCAAUGAAAUAACAGUGUACAAUAUGUGAUAUGACAAAAGUUUCAUAAACACCCAUACAGGAUAACUGUAAUGCAAUUGAUAACAUAGAAGACUCAAGAGUAAAACAGUUUUUGCAGGCUAUCAAAAAUAAUGUUUAUUAUUUUCUUCAACCUGAUUGAAAGUUCACAACCCAACCUGAUUGAAAGUUCACAACCAUUUUAAUGUUUCCUUAAUAAACAGCUAUCUCUGUAUAAUAAUAAAAUACUUGUAAUUCUGUUGACUGGCUAGAAUUCACAAGUUUUAUUGUAAUCUUUGUUUGCAUUAAAUAAUAAUGAAAAAAAACACAUAUAUCUAUAUUUAUACUUUGUUACAGAUUUUUUUUUAUUUAACAUUUGUUGAAUCAUUCUUUCUCCUGUAAGAUGUUCAUAGAAUGUACAUAGAAAAUAAAAUAAAUAUAGCAUA